GCUCGACCUUUUGAUACACGGAUGGUCUUCCUAAGCUAUCCUUCGACGCCAAAGAAGCUGGCCGCGACCGUCGCCACCUUCUUAACCGGCGCCAUCCUCUUCGCUAUCGGUGCACACCUGUCGUACGUUAACGUCGCCCCUCAGCAAGCUCGCACCAAAGCCCGCAACGAUUUUGUCAAGGAGCAUUUCCGGAAGAAGUACGGUAAGUGAAUUCGCCGUUCAUCUCUCUCACUUCAAGAAAAUCAAUGGCCCUGGUUCCUUCUUCGGCUCCGAUCGACGGCCCGGUUUUCGCCGAGGUGGAUAUGGGCUCGGAUUCCUCUGCUCUAACGGUUCGAGCCACUGUCGUACAGGCGUCGACCGUUUUCUACGAUACCCCGGCCACUCUAGAUAAGGCAGAGAGACUGAUUGCCGAUGCUGCUGCAAGUGGCUCACAGUUGGUUGUGUUUCCAGAAGCAUUUAUCGGUGGUUAUCCCCGUGGUUCAACCUUUGGUUUUGGUAUUACAAUUGAUAGCCGAUCAGCCAAGGCAAAAGAGGAUUUCCGGAAGUAUCAUGCUUCAGCUAUUGAUGUGCCUGGUCCUGAAGUUGAUCGCUUGGCAGCCCUUGCUGGAAAAUAUAAGGUUUAUUUAGUAAUGGGCGUGAUAGAGAGGGCAGGAUAUACACUCUAUUGUACGGUUCUCUUCUUUGAUUCUCAAGGCCAGUACAUGGGGAAGCAUCGCAAACUCAUGCCGACAGCAUUGGAACGUAUAAUAUGGGGUUUUGGAGAUGGAUCGACUAUUCCCGUCUUUGAGACUCCAAUUGGAAAGAUGGGUGCUCUCAUUUGCUGGGAGAAUAAGAUGCCCCUUUUAAGAACAGCAUUAUAUGGGAAAGGCAUUGAGAUCUAUUGCGCUCCAACAGCUGAUUCCCGGGACAUAUGGCAAGCGUCAAUGACCCACAUUGCCCUCGAGGGUGGAUGCUUUGUUCUGUCAGCGAACCAGUUCUGCCUAAGGAAAGACUAUCCGCCUCCACCAGAAUAUGUAUUUGGCGGUACAGAUGAUGAACUCUCGCCGGACUCAGUUGUAUGCUCGGGAGGCAGUGUGAUUAUUUCGCCGUCAGGAGCUGUUUUGGCAGGACCCAAUUAUGAAAGAGAGGCCCUCAUCUCUGCUGAUCUCGAUCUUUGUGAGAUUGCACGGGCGAAGUUUGAUUUUGAUGUGGUUGGACACUACUCAAGGCCGGACAUUCUGAGCCUGACAGUUAAGGACCAUCCCCUGAAUACGGUCACGUUCACAUCCGGAGCUAAAGUUGAAGGCUCUCAAAAACUGUAACAGCCUCUCUCAACAGGUUCGCAGUUUGGAUCUUCCUUUCCGUUACUUUUUAUGUAUGACUGCCUAACUAUGCGUAUGUAUGUUUGGAUGGAUUGAAAAUCAGUUCCUGUGUACUAUAUUAGUCACCACUGAAAUGGGUCAUAUCGCCCUGCAUCGGGCCAUUUUGGGCUGAUGUGGGGGCUGGUACGGCUGUAUCUUUUAUGGACUGAACCGGUUCAGAUUAGGUGGUACCUACCAGAUUCGGACAAUACUUGGGUGAUUUGAU